CUCGGCGGUCCCCGGCCGCCGCUAGAACCGGAGCAGGCAACGACUCCGGAUAGAUACCUAGCUCUAGUCAGAAGUUCUAGAAGACGAGUGGGAGCAGAUCUUCAGUGACCACAGUGACAGAGGACAUUAGAGGAACUACAAUACGCAGCAAGCAUGCAAGAAAUAUAGAGCGGGUUUAUUGGUGUGCCUGCGACAAUUUAGACGUUACCGUUGGUCCUGGUCGCGUGAACUCGUGUCACACGACCCUGGAGCGAGAUUCAAUUUAGCGUAGAACGAGUUUUCAAUAAUUGUCACAGAUGAGUAGAACAAACGCAGUUAGCUGUUUUAGAGUGACAAAAUAAAAGAUAAUUCCGACGACAACUAUACUUAGAGGAAAUCUAGCUGUGAGCUUUGUGUGGUGUAGCUGCGGAUCAUUGUUGUAGUAUGACAAUAACAGAAGCUGUGUACUAGCAGAACCGCAUGACAAAAUGGCGUCUCUGGAGAGCAUCCACGUAAAGGUGAAGCGGAAAAACCAAACGUUUUUUCUUCUGGUAUAAUGCUAGUGAUAAACUUUAUCUACUUGUUGUCAUGCGGGUUUUGGAUGAUAGGUGUCUUUUUUCAUGCAGGAGAGCUGGACAUAUUUUUACAAAGUUGAAAAAGAGCACACCCCAAAUUAUACAGUGCGACACGGCAGAUAUGACGGUGCUCGCCCUGAAAGAAAAACUGGUCCUGCUUUUCGCGGACAAGGGGAUCAAGUCACCGCUGGAUAUCCGAUUACUCUACGAAGUAUCCGUGGGAAUAGAGAGCUUGCCGUACAUCAUGUACAAGAAUACGGAUGGAACCUUUCACGACAUGCUCUGUUUUGUAAAAGCAACAUUGGAAGAUUAUGUUCUUUCGGCAUUUUUUUUUCAUUUUCAUCGCGGCAAAACGACUAAGAUCAUCGGUGAUCCAUUUCAUCCUACGUGUACGGCAAGUACUUUCUUUCGUUGCAUACGUUGAUCUGAUAUCAACUGUAAAAAUGUCUGGGUCUGGGAGAUUGCACGAUUUGUCAUGCAUAUUUUGCAUGAUCCAUAAUGCCUGGAAUGCAUGGCCUAGCAUCACAGAUUGUUAGAGCGCUUCCUCAUGCCUAUUCCGCAUGACAAAUGCCCCGUCCGCGUAGCACAAAGCGGAGUCCUCUUGCUGGUCAUGCAAUACAAAUUUUUUUAGAAUCCAGAGACAGCAUCACAAGUUCCAAUCUUCCAGACCCAGACACUUUUACAAUCCAUA